AGAGCAUUGACCUGCUGAGUGGACUAAAGAUGGGGGAGCAAGUCUGCAGUCCAUGAGGACCUGCUGAUAUCCAGUGUUGCUGGUGGGAGAGACUGGACCUGUGAAGUGGCUCAUCGCAAACCCUGGCAACGGAUCACGACACUGGAUCAGGAGCCAUUGCUCUUCCUUCCCGAGUCAGGACCCAACCGCAAGGGACAGCGACUCCACCACCACACAGAACACAACCAGUGGACAGGUGGACUGAACAAUCUCGGUCCUGGUGGUCAUCCGAGAGAUGUAGACUCCAGUCAGGGAUCAACUCUGCAGCCUAAAAACAUUGUUUUUAUGGGCAGAGGCAACUCAUUCCAUUCUGAGGCUCAAGUAUACAAGAAAGUACAUUUCCCACCAUUACUCCUGAACCUGUAUAAAACACAUUAGCAACACCUGAUCUGGUGCUGGGAUUAUGUACAUCCCUAAAACGGUGAAAGUAAUCAGUUAGAUAUCUGGGCGCAGAACCAUAUAUACUUCUGUAAACCAAACCUAGUCUCAUCUGGGACACCCUAGCUUCAACAGGCAGCCAGUUUAGUUCCAGAAAGCAGCUCCUGCCUAUGUGAGUACAUGGACUCACCUUCAAUACUACCCUGAUCAGCUUAUACUGGGCUAUCUGGAGCUUCCCCUUCGUAAGUUUAGAUAAGCCCCCAAACCAGGAAGUACUAGCGUAGUCAAAAUGGCAUUGAAUGAGGGCAGUGGCUAGCACUUACAUGGAGUCCUUAUCAAGCAGCUUGGACUUUCUAGACAAAAACUUAGUCCUGGCAUUUACCUUCCCUAGCACUUUAUUGGCCACCCUCUCACCUCCCAAACUUGCAUCUAGAAUGCAUCCCAGGUAGCUAACAGAGGUUUUAGUAGUCACCCCCUAACUCCACUCUGAUUUCAGAAAACCUACUCAAUUUAGGUCUGGAUCCAAAAAUAAUUGCCUCAGUUUUCCCUAAGAGCAGAGAGAGCUUAUUAUCUCCAAGCCAUUUGCUAUUGUUAGUAAGCUCUGUGCUAAGUAUGCUCUCCAACAUAGUUUUACUUUUGUGAGACUCCAGAAGUGUAGUCAUUCGCAUAAAGGAAAAUAGCCUUUCAUAACGUUAAUAUACACUAAAAACAGAGGCCCAAGCACGCUCCCCUGUGGAAUGCCACAACUCAUUCGUUUUGCCUGAGACAGUGAACCAUUAACCUCUACUACUUGCUCCCUACCUGAUAAAUAGGACUUUACCCAGCCUAGCGGGAUGCUGCAUUACCCCAGUGCCUCCAUUUCGAGAUUACUGUGUCAAAAGCCUUUUGUAGGUCAAGCAGUACCAUUCCACAGAGAUUUCCUUCAAUCUCUUUCCUGAUGAAGUCAGUCAAGUAAAGUAGACAUGAAUCGGUGGAGUAUGCUUUUCUAAAACCUGACUGAAAAUCAGACAUUAGACUAUGUUGACAUAUUCAUAAAUUUGCUCAUGUACAACUCUCUCCAGGAUCUUUGAUGUUACACUGGGGAUAGAUACAGGCCUAUAAUUCCCAGGUUCAGACUUUAUCCCCUUAUACAGAGGUAUACCUUUAGCUUGUUUCAUAUCCCUGGGAAAGAUGCCUUGUUCAAGAGAGAGAUUAACGAUAUGCCUAAUACAAGGGCCAAUUUGCUCAACAGAAUCUCUAAGAAACCCUGCAGGAAUAUUAUCCAGGCCUGUGGCUUUGGAGCAUUUAAGCUCUGCUAGCAUACUGACUAUUUUGGCUGUUGCUACCUUUGCAAAAGAAAGAGUUUGGCUGAACCCCUAACUCUGCAUAAUAAUUCUUGACUUGGUUGUUUCCAUGCUCGCCAGCUUGCCAGUCAGGAUGGGCGUUCAACACGAGGUGCCUAGCCUAUAACACAGCACACAAUCCCAACAACACCCAAGCAAUGGCUAGAGGUCAAGGAGGGAGCUCAAAGACUAACCACCUGAGGGUGGUGGUUCCUGCUUCUACCUUCUCUGGUGUCAUUGGGUCACGACGUGGGAGGCUGAGGAUUAGGACAGACACAGACAAGCCGUACACCUGCUGCACGUGUUGAAGCGGUUCGUUAGGGCAAAAUAUUUGAAAGAACACCAGACCAUUCACAACAAGGAGAGGCUCUUCAAGUGCAAACUAUGAGCUUCACCUUCUUGACUAACCUUAUCAGACAUAGGAGUGUCCACAAUGGGCGAAAUAGGAGCAGUGUGGCUUGAGAUGUGCACAGGGGCGAUCUGGGAACCAUUCUAUAGCUGACAUACUUAAUCCUAUAAAACCGUUUUUCCAGGUUUCCUUUUUUUUCAGGUUCUCUCUCGAAAUCACAUUUUUUUAAAUAGAAAAAUAACAUUUGAUAAGUCCACCUGAGGUCUGGGAAAAAUAGAAGAUAUUUAGAUUAGUUUGGGUGUAGUUACCCUUUAAUGCAAAUGUGCACCAGCAAGAGACUAUCUUUUGGUUGUGAUGUUUCUGUAGCGCUCAUGUGAUUCCAUAGUUUGCUAAACAAAUGGCCACUGGAUUGAUGCAAAUAAUCAAGCCAGGUCGUCAUAGGCUACAUUGUAGUUAACAUUUAAAUUAGUUUUUUGGGAAAGGCUUUCCAUCUCUAUCGGAAGAAGGUUAUCAUUAGCAUCCUCGCUAACCGCUACACAAAGUGUAGACACAGGCACACACACACGGGCAUUCAUGUUUCAGGAAGUUGUAGGAAAAUACGAAUCACAUGUAUUCUUUGUCUUAUGAUUCAUAUUUUAAAUAUCGUUGAAUUACAUUUUAAUGUAUGGAUUAUGUGAUUCCGUCCGAUUUUAUAGGGCUCUACAUAUCAUGUGAAGUGUCUUGGUAAGAGGAUAAUUAACACAUUAAUCACUUAACUUUUUAUUUGAAACAUCCUUGUCUGAAUACCUGUUUUUAGAGACAGUAAACCUAGGCUAGAACAAGGACAGUUUAAUAUUUACCUUAAGGAGGAUUAAAUAAAGUAAUUAUAUUUUCUACUAUAUUCUUGCUGACACACUGUUCUAAAGAAGUCUGGGUUGAGCUUGGAAGAUCAUGAAUAGAAUAGUUGACGUAAAACGUAAUAAGCAGUAUCGUAAUUCAACAAACAGCGCCCAUUCCUAUUCCAUUUCACCACAGCGUUUUAGCUAUGACGCCAACCAAUAAGAUGCCUUCUCUUUAGUGCGAAGUUAAACUAACGUAACCAGGUUUAGUGAACGGAUGUGCAGUAACCAAGAACAAAUUCCACGUUAGCGGUUUUGUUAUUUAGACGUUUAUUGACACCGUGGACCUCAAAAUAUGACAGUAGCAGCGCACACUUGCCUCAGGUAGUCUUUAAUUCGCGUUGGAGACGGAACUUGGUUGAUAGAUGUUAUCUAGCUAGCUAGCUGCUAACAACAAUGGCGGACUGUAUGGUUUUUCACACUCAAAUAGCCUCCGUCAUGGAGAUGCUAGCAAAUGCAGCCGUGGCAGAGAUCUGUAAACUCGUAGACGACGACUAUGCAGUGUUCCGAUUGGAAAUAACUCAAAGCCAGAAAGAAAACAGGGGAUUGCGGAGGAAACUACAGCUCCUGGAACUGAAGGUGGCACGGGAGCGCGCAGAAAGGACCAUUAGAGAGCGCGUCCUCGCCAGUCGUCCCAAUAGUGUCAAGAUCCUCGACCGAUACAGAGGAAUUGCAAGAGGUGAAGGACAUCUCGGUGGAGGCCACAGGAGCUUUGUGAAGCCAGCAGGACACAAUACAUGGAGAGAUGACCAACCUACAGCUAUAGGUGAAGGAAAUGGAACCUCAACCCAGGACGUUAUUGUGAUAGAGUCUGCAGAGGCUGCAGGUCCUGGGGUCAAGCUGGAGAGGUCUGAAGGAGAGGAGGACCCACAGCACAGCAGAGACAUCCAGCCUGGAGCAGUGGCUGGAGUGGCGCACCCUGUAGUCACGGAAGACCUCGCCACCGCUGCAGCGCCCCAGACCAGGAUCAGACGCAGCAUCACGGAGGAGGAGGUGGGUCCAGAGGUGCUGCUGGUGAAGGAGGAGGGCUGUGAGGAGGGUCUGGGGAACCCUGAGGGGACCAUGAUCAUAGAAGACAACCAGACUACACCUCCUGAACCCACAGAGGAACCAGCUGAGCAGCACAGGACCACACACAGUCUCACUGAGUCAGUAGACAUGGAGGAUGGGAAGUCUGAUCUGCUGCUGGUCAAAGAGGAGACGAUAGAAGACGGACCAGAGAGCAUUGACCUGCUGAGUGGACUAAAGAUGGGGGAGCAAGGUUGUUGGCUGGAGGAUAACAGAGGAAAAUGGGCGGCCAUCAUGGAUUCCCAGACCCAGACCGGUGCAGCCAAGGGCCCAGUGGACAACAUCACCAAGCAGGCCAGGACCAGAGGUGACAUAGUGGAGGUCAGUGGAUGGGACAGCGUCCUCAACUCUGGGCUGGGGAACAACAUUGUUAAUCAGAAACAGACAGUUGAACACAAAACAACAUCUGCACUUAGUCUCCAUGACAACAGACUGGCUGAGACCAGGGCAAGGCGUAGAUUUGGUCUCCAUGGAUGUGGAGGUGUCCGUAUACUGCUGGAGAGAACAGACACAGACUCGGCUAGCGAUGCUCCAUCCUGCUCCUAUAGUUGUGAUUCAGACAGACUGAUGGCACCUCAGGUUACCCCCCUAACAGGUGCUGCCUUCAGCCUGCCUUCUAUAGGAUCUAUCAACUGGAACAUGGACCCUGAGACAACACAGACACUCCCUGGCCUUCAUCCUCCUCACACUCUCCUAAUGUUAAACCAGACCUCAGACAAUGCCAGUGUCUCAGCACCAAAUGGCAACACAAGCCCAUUGACAAAUGACAGUAGUAGAGACGGAAUCACUAAAGGUGGCAGCGCUAAAGAGAAGCGCUUCCCGUGUUCGUUCUGUGGGAAAACCUUCAGUUUCCCCAAUCAGGUGAAGAUCCACCAGAGGAUGCACACAGGGGAGAAACCAUUCGGCUGCCACUUGUGCGGGGACAGCUUCUCCUAUUUGUCAAGCCUGAAGAGGCACCAGAGAGUCCACACAGGGGAGAAACCAUACAGCUGCCCCCAGUGUCAGAAACGGUUCUCCCACCAGCACCACUUGAAGAUACACCUGAAGAUCCACACAGGAGAGAGGCCGUUUGCCUGUACGCACUGCGGGAAGAGGUUUUCAGAGAGGAGCUACCUCAGGAUACACCAGCAGAAAAUGCACACUGUCCAUGUAUAGAGUAUUGUGACAUGUAAUGUAGCUAGUUUGUUUGUAGUUAAUAGCUAGUUUGUUUGUAGUUAAUUAUGUUGGUUGUGGAUGUAUAAGGAACUGGAUGAGGUGAACUGAGGAAAGAAUGAGUAUGAUGAGGCAGAGUAGAUGAUAUGGUGAUGGUUGGUGUGAUGGUGUCUGUAAAAAUGCUUCAAUGAUGAAAAGGUUGAUAUUGGUAUGUUAUUAUGAAAUAAUGAUAGUGCCUUAAUUGAUGUUUACUUGUCAUGAAGUAGUGAAGAUGUGUAAUGUGAUGUUGAACCUUUUCCAAAGUCUUAAUUUGAUCAAAGCGAGUCUACCAGAUUUAAGGAAAAGGUCAUGAGAAAAGUGAUUAUACUUGUCACAUGUAUUGUUUUGUGUAAUAAAAGUACUGUACUUCA